CAUGAAAAUGUUUCAGUUGAGUGAGAGAUUUCUUAAGUUUCCUUUGCCUUAAUGAGAAUUAGCAACACCCACAAAAUCAACAAUAUUAAAUUAUCAUAAAUUUAAAAUGUCCAAAGAAUGUCAUGGAUACCAGCAGCCACAGCAAAGUAGUUUUAAGUCCUAUUGAUUUUAGUGGGUGAAUUGAGUACAUGUUUAAAAUUGUGGUCCUGUGCACAGCUCAAGUAAACUUAGUGGGAUUUGCUUCUAAGGAAGCAUGCAUAUGUUUCCUAGUUGAAAUCAGUUGGACUUGAAAUUCUUAACUUUGGUCGAAACACGCCACAUUAUUCCUUUAUCACACGCCAUAUGCCCUCUUCUUUCCCCCCUGCCAUGCCUUUCUCCCUUUCCCUCCUAAAGCUGUUGAGAGACAACUUAACGGUACUUCUUCUGCAGUGUACAUGCUUGUGUUUAUUGCUUUGCAUCUGCAAUGUCUGCCAAAAAGAGUGCUUUCAAAAGCCAUCAAUAGCUAAAUAUGCACAGAAUUUACAAAUGACUUUUUAAUGUACAUUUAUGCUCUAAUAUUUAGGCAGGUACCUUUUGUAAGUUUUAGCUUCUUUCAAACACAUAUUAGAUAACAUGGAAUAGUUUUCUUUUUAAUUGCUCUGAAUAAGGAGAAAGCACACUUGAAUUGUACUUCACUUGGGAUUUUGCAAUCUUACACUGACAUGAGACAUGUGGUCUAGAACUUGAAUGCAGAUUCACACAACACCUUUCAGAAUAUGCAUUUUUGCACUGCUGUAUGGUAGAAUUUAUAUGAAGCUUUUUCAUUUUGUGAGUGGCUCCCAGGCCAUGGGAUCGGCAACCCCUAAAGAUUCAGGUUGUCAGUUGUGUGUCUUUUGGUGGGGAAACUGAACAUGUGCUAGAACGCUUCACAAGUUCUACUUUUAUAUAGAUCUCAUAGCAUGUGAUGUAUCGUCCUUUCAUUAGUACAUUAGGUGGGUAUACUGGGAGCAAGAACAACACACAUGAAAAAUAGUGGUUAUGGUUCAUUUCUGAAGUUAAUAAUGUGGUUGAAGCCACAGUAUGAAGGUGCAAUGGAUGUUGCACCCAGUUUGAUGUAACCUAUUGUGCAUGGCACAGUUUCUAUCUGUAUCUGUCUUAGGUAUUCAGAAACUUUCAUCCUAUCUAAAGCAGCUUGAACAGUAAGAAGAAGGGGCAUGCUGCAAACAUGGGCCUAAGUGCAGAGGAACAAUUCACGGCUCCAAGAACUUUCUCAAGCGUGCUACUAUGGCUGCUGCAUUGCUAGCUGUAUUUAAUUGUACCCAAAGAACUUUCCAGUUAUCUGGCAACAAAGAAGAUCAUACCUACUCCUGAAAUCCAGCUGUUCAUAUGGGGGGAAAGGAAAGAAUAUAUAAGGAAAAGAAAGCAAUCCAGUAGUGGAGAUGAAAAAUCUGGUGGGAUCUCAAAAGGAAGGACUCUUUGAGAGCAGCACUUCCCAGGGGAGGGAUCAGCUGCCAAUACAAGUGGCAGAUGUCACUGGGCAGCAAGAUGGGGAGGUUCCUGGAUCUUCUGGACAGCCCAGGCACCAGAGAGGAAGUUCACCAUCCACACCUGCAGAAGAGCAAGAAUCUUCAGUGCCAGCUUCUGAUGAAGAUUCACCAGCCAGAACUACAGAGAGUUGGCCAUGGCCAUUGUCAUCAUCUGAAACACACAGCAACCUGGGGGAAGAUUUUGAGGGAUUUCCAACACCAGAGCGGACUCCGCAGUGUACAAUGGACAUGCAAUCUCCUGGGGAUCAGUCUCUCAGUAGGACUCCCCAAUAUGAGAGUGACUCUCCUGUGGAGGGAAAUGAUGAAAUGAACGAAGAGCACCAUGGUGUUCAGCCUGUCCCUAGGGAUCGGGGUUGGAGAGGGCAAACUCAGCUGACAGAGGGAGAGAGGUUAUUAAUGGAAACCAAUAGUAGGAUUGUACAGCUGCUGGAAAAUAUCAAGAGAGAGCAUGCACAGUCCAUGGGUCUCAUGUCCCAGUCCAUGGGCCGGAUGGAGCUGCAGCUAGGCAUUGUGGCUACAUCCACAAGAGCCAUCCAUAACUACCUGUCUGAGAUUUUAGCUUUCCUCAAACAACCAAGGACACAGGUCCUUGAAACACGUAUCUCCCAAAGAGCCACCCCUCAUGUUGAGUUAACGAGUGCCUCAACGUGGACUGGUGAGGAUGCAGUGGCAAUGCCCACUGGAUACUUACCAAGGGAUGAAGGGAUUAAUGACUCUCAAGAAACACUGCAAGCCACACUGCCUCGUCGCAGUGGCCGAAUGCAGAGAGCCAUAACAGAAAGGGCCUCGUUGCCCAUGCCCAUGCGCCAAGCAAAGGGGGGAGGGAAGAAAAAAUAAUUUAUCACACUAGUGAUAGUAUUUUUAAGGGGUUUUUUUUAAUGUGCCUGUCCUUUUAAUUCUUAGCCAUAAGGCCAUGAGUGGCAGAACUUGACCAUUUUUACAUUUGGCUAACAUUGUAUUCUGGCUGACUAGAUUAGUCUUACAUUUUGUAGUUUAUAUUUGCAUUGUUAACAAUGUGUGCUACUGGUAUUUGAAGAACAUUUGCUUCUGUUCUUUCACUUCAGCUUCAUGAGAGCAUUUUUUUACACUGUGCCAGACAUUCAUUGCUUUUCUUACAAAUACAAAUCAUUUCUGGA